AUGAAUGAAGUGGAGAUAUGCCUCCAACCGCCAGCUUGGUAUCUGCCAGAAGACUGCGGCUACAUGCUAGAACUGGAUAAGGACGGGAACGAGCUUGAACGUUUUGCCGCAGCUCGACUGCACAAUUGCAACAUUCAGGUAAAUUCACUCGAUGAUGAGUGCAAGAUCAUAUCUACGUAUACAUACUCUGCUGUUGAUGCUUCGAGAACGGUUUGUAUUGCUCGACUUGGCUCCUAUUUUGCGUUGAAGAACGCCUACUCGUUACAUAGGAAUACAACGUCCACUGGGCUGUCUAUUUUAAUUGUACACCUAGGCGACUGGUACGCGGUAAGACGGUAG